UGCAGUUAAGCAUUGAGAGACACCCUGCUCAGCAGUACGCAAGAGAAGGCAAAGAUUAACGUUCAUUCCUCUUUUCUGCUGGAAUUGUAACCCAAAGUCAAAAUGUGCAAGGGACUUGCAGCGCUUCCUGCAACAUGUUUGAAAAGUGCAAAAGAUAUGAAGCAUCGUUUCGGAUUUCUUCUUCAGAAGCCCGACUUGAUGCCUGAUCAGAAUAAUGCUAACCACAAAAAGGAGAAAUCCUUUGGACCAAAGAAAAUCUGUCCAGGGGAUGCCAAGAAAUGGGGAGAAUCCUUAGAAUCUUUAGUGAAUAAUGAAGAUGGCCUGGCAGCUUUUACUACAUUCCUCAAAUCUGAAUUCAGUGAUGAAAACAUAGAGUUCUGGAUGGCCUGCGAGGAAUAUAAGAAAACAACAUCCCAAAUAAAGCUGGCUAGUAAAGCUAAGAAGAUUUAUGACCUAUAUAUUGCUGUUGAAUCUGAAAAAGAGGUUAACUUGGAUUCUUCCACAAGAGAAGAGACUAGAAAAAAUAUUGAGGAUCCCAACAUUACUUGCUUUGAUGAAGCUCAAAAGAAGAUCUUCCUUCUAAUGGAAAAAGAUUCAUACAGGCGUUUCUUGAAGUCAAAGUACUACCAGGACCUUAUUCAGCAGACUAGAACCAUUACUUCUUGUGGCAUGGAAAAGAAAGGGAAAAAUCAUAUUCCUGAUUUCAGUCUGUUUCUUCCACAAUGUGCUUAAAUACCUGGGCUUGAAACACCUGAAACAGAUUUUCUGUACCUUUCAUAGCUAUGUCAUUGGGCACUUCACUGUGGGGAUGGGGUUCCUAAGCUGACAUUCAACAAGCGAUAAAGUUAACUUCUAAAACAGACCAGAUUGUUUUUUUUCUUCCACUGCGUUAUCAGGAAUAUAAACUAAAUGUUAAAGUUUGAGGAAAGUUUGGAACAUCAGUCACUCAUGAUAAAAGUUGGUGUUAAGUUAAAACUUUACAGUUUUUGAGAUUUUUUUUUUGAAACAUUAGGGCAAUUAACGGACUACAAGGUUAAACUACUUUUUACAUUUUUUUUUAAAUUUUAAAUACUCAAUUUGGAGACAGUAUACAUACUGGGCAGUUUGACAAGAACUUUUGUCAAGAAGGGAUUUUUAAGUUCAGCUCAGGAACCCUAAUGUAACUCCUUACCAUUGUUGCUUUCAUGUGGUGUUAGAACCGAUUUUGCUUGAACAACAAGUGAGUUUUAGACUUUUAGAAGAUCUUCUGUAUGUUGCACAGUUUGUUUAUGUGGAAAACAAACACAAAAGGUUAGAACAACUUAUCUCAAAACAUUGCUGGGAAGAGACCUUGUAUGGUCCUCUAUAUAACUAAUGUACUGCGUUUUAGUUUUAAUGUACUUGAUAUACGGUUGGUACUCUUUUCAUGAGACUGUAUUUCCUUCUUGUCUGUCUGUUUAAACAUUCUGGUCUGUGCAGGUACUUAGUUUAAGUACCAAGAGGCACUAAAAUCACAUCAAAUGAAUACAACCAAGAACACUUUUUUUGCAUUUUUAAAACCUCUGAGUAUAGAUUGGAAGAAGUGUCUAAUUGUAUGCAGAUGUUUUGAUCUAGACAAUUGAAACAGUGCUACAUUUUGGAGAUUUCAGACAAACAGGAAUGUCCCAUAUUAUUAUUUGCAAGGUUCAAUAAAUAUUUUACAAGAUGUGAUUUAGGUCAAAUAAAAACAAUUUAGCAUUAAAUGUCAUUUGCGUUAUCAAUUUCUUAUUCAAGAAGCAAAAUUAACCUGAAAUAUGAUGAUGAUUGCUUUCUUGCAAGAGUUAUUAUUGUAAUGGUGGAAUGAAACUGGUGGUUACUGUUUUGGAAAAAUAUAUAUUUCUAUUGUUUUACUUAAAAUUGGGUGUACUUCAAUUUUUAGAAAAAUCCAAAUGCUAAAGAAAAUGUAAUGUCUAUUUACCUUGCAUGUCUUAGAUAACAUUAUAUAAGCCUUGAUGUGAAAUUAUUGAAUUUAUAGUAGUAAUUUCACAUAUAUGGUCAGACAUAUGAAAUUGAAUGUCAGGUUACAAUGAACUAGUUGUUCUUCAUGUUUUUAAAAUUUUACAUUUAUAGUAUGUUUUGUCUUACAAAAAAUAUUUAAUAACUUAUUUCAUCAUUUGAUUGAUGUUGUCAGCUUUAUAGUAUAUAUUAUUUUUUUAUAAAGUUUGAUAAAGCAAAGGUUCACUACUACUUUUGUUGUUUAAAACUUGUUUUACAUGAUGUAGUGAAAUGAUUUUAAUGUACUUGCAGCAGUGACAGUGGUAUGAACGUCUUCAACUACCGUGAAGUUGUUUGGGUUGCAUAAAUGCUAGAGUUUAAAUGUAUGUGUUUACUUCUUUAUAGGUACAUUUUAAAAAGCAGAUACUCUACUAUUAAGGCUUUUAGAGAUACUGUAUAGUGAGUAGAGUAAUUUAUGAGCCUGCCCCUGAGGAGUUAGACAUAAUGUAGGAGCAAGACACUGAAACAUUUACAGAACCUAUAAAAACGAAAAUUAAUUCCUCCUUCUUUUAAUGUCAUAGAGCCUCAAUGUCCUUCCGGCAAAAACUGCUAUAACAAAUUUUAAAAAAAUCCAAGCAAAGGUCCGAAUUUCAGAAAAUCAUAUACCCAUACUUAUCGUUUUUCUGACCUGUAAGUAACAGUAUGUUAAAUUAUUGUUUUUCAGUUUUUUUUAAAUCCAACCUCCACUUCCCACUUUCUUCUUUUCUUUAAAAUCCUUUCUUUUCACAUAUCCAGGUCUUUGUCUCUUUCCCCAGAUCUUUACUCACUACCAUGAACAUGUACAGUAGAUCAUGCAGCUUCUCAGCCCUACCCUGAUUAGCAACAGGUGUGAAUUGUCUUCCAGCCACGGCACACCAUUUCUGUCUAUAAAACAAAAGAAACCAAGUUUGUUUCAUAUAGUUUUUGUGGUCUUCAUUUUAACUAUCCCUAGACACUGUAUGGUGCUACUGUAUAUUUAAUUAUUUUUCAUUUUUGCUUCUAAUGGCAAUAUUGAUCCUACUCUUGAAAAUCUGAAAAUAAACUCUUCUGAAUCAGGA